AUGUCUGUCGAAGCUCCCAAGCCCGUCGAGGAGACUCCGGUCGUCGAGCCUACCAAGGUCGUCGCCGAACAACCAGAGACCACGGCCGAACCCACGGAGGCUGCUGCUCCUCCCGCCGAGACCACUGAGGCUGCCCCUGUUCCCGCUGAAGAGCCUGCUGCUGCAACGGAGGAGGUCAAAAAGGAUGAGCCAGCUACCGAGAUUAUCCCUGCUUCGGAGGGCGUGCUGGGAUACAAGGAGCCCACUUUCUUCAAGAAAUUCAUCUUCAGCAAACAUUACUUCUGGUUCCAAGAAGAGCCAACCACCGCCGAGUCCCUGACCAAUUUCAUGAGGUCUGAGAAGGCGGACACAAAACAUUCCGACGCUGCGUGGGCACGUGAGACCGGAAAGGGUUUGCUCUUCUACUCCAAGCGUGUCGAGGACAAGGCAACCCCUGCUGGUAUUAUCAACCUGUCCGAUGCUUCCAACGUCAUCAAGGAAGGCCUCCAAUUCUCCUUCAAGGCUGGUGCUCAUGUCCAUCGCUUUGAGGCGUCCUCGGCCAAGGAACGUGACAGCUGGGUUGCUGGCGUUGAGAAGGCAAUUGAAGAGGCAAAGAGCCUGAAAGAGGAGAUCACUGGUAGUGAGAGCUACAAGAAGAACGUUGAGGAAUAUGCCAAACCCGCAUUUGUUCCUGCCGCAGCGGCUGUCAAGGCUUCCCGCUCCAAGUCCAAAGAACCGAAGAAGUCCGUGGACGCAUCUACUGCCGCUGCUGCUGCUACCACCGCAGAUGCUGGUGCUCCUUCUAGUGACGCAGAUGAGGUAACAAAACCUGCUGCUGAGCGUUCUCAGUCGCGAAAGCGUGGUAGCAUCUUCGGAACCCUUCUUAGCAAGAAGGAAGAGCACGCCGAGAAGAAGGAAGAGAAGCCAGAAGUCCCUGCUAAGGAUGACACCAAGGAGACCCCAGAGGCAGCUGAAGCCUCCUUGGCCACUGCUGCUGCGCCUGUCGCUUCUGACAAGAAAGAGGAGAAAGAGGAGGUGACCCCGACCGAGAAGAAGAACAAGCGUGGCUCUGUCUUUGGCAGCCUCUUCAGAAACCGCGUCGCAAGCCCAACCACUGAGAAAUCCGAAAAGGAUGCUACGGCGAGCAGCGAUGUUCCUCCAGUCUCUGAGACAGCUCCCAAGAUCGAGGAGCCCAUUGAGAACAAACCCAUUGAUACUGCAGCUGUGACUGCCCCGGUCGACACCGUCACCACCCCUCCAGUCGAAGAGCCUGCAGCUGCCGGAGAAAGCUCUGCUGCCCCCAAGACGGAGAAGAAGGGCGGCUUCAUCGGUUUCAUCAAGAAGACUGAAGCUAAGCUUGAAGGCAAGAAGGAGACCAAAGAGGAGACCAAGGAGGACAAGGCUGCCGAAGCUAUUGCGAAGGACCCUGUUGCCGCCGCCAGCACCGAGCCAACAGAACCUGCUGCUCCCACCGAAGCUGCCGCCGAGACUACACCCGCUACCGAAGAGCGCCCUGCUCGCGACAACAAGCGCCGCACCUCGCUUUUCUUCAACAAGAAGCAACAAGACACCGCCGAAGCCGAGGAUACUGUCGCUGAGCCCAAGCGGGAAAAAUCUCCUCUUCCUGGUGGCAAAUUCAUCGGUCAGCUUGUCCGUCGCGCUAGCAAAGCGAUCAAGUCUGAGGGACCGAAGGAAAAGACUCCUGCUGAGCCUGCCGCCGCCCCUACCAGUGCGCCUGAAGCCCCUGUCUCCGAGACCCCGGCUGUUGCUGCAGAAGCUGCAGAGACCAAGCCCGCCGAGCCUGUCUCUGAGCCCAUUCAGUCCACGCCCGAACCUGUGGCUGCGACGGUCCCAGAGGUCAAGGCAACUGCUUGA